GAAAGCCCAGCCUCUGUGGUUCUUAAUGCCUCAGCAGGAUUAUUUUCACUAAAGAUGGAAACACUGGAGUCUGAAUUGACCUGUCCAAUCUGUCUAGAGUUGUUUGAAGACCCCCUUUUGCUCCCUUGUGCUCAUAGCCUCUGCUUCAGCUGUGCCCAUCGCAUCUUGGUCUCCAGCUGCAGCUCUGGUGAAUCCAUUGAACCCAUUACUGCUUUCCAGUGUCCUACGUGCAGGUAUGUCAUCUCACUGAACCAUCGUGGUCUGGAUGGCCUCAAGAGGAAUGUGACCCUGCAGAACAUUAUUGACCGUUUCCAGAAGGCUUCAGUCAGUGGACCCAAUUCUCCAAGUGAGAACCGCCGGGAGAGGACUUAUAGGCCCAGCCCCGCCAUGUCUAGUGAGCGAAUCGCUUGCCAAUUCUGUGAGCAGGACCCACCCAGGGAUGCCGUGAAAACAUGCAUCACAUGUGAGGUCUCCUACUGUGACCGUUGCCUCCGGGCCACACACCCCAACAAGAAACCUUUCACCAGCCAUCGCCUGGUGGAACCUGUGCCAGACACACAUCUUCGAGGGAUCACCUGCCUGGACCACGAGAAUGAAAAAGUGAACAUGUAUUGUGUAUCUGAUGACCAAUUGAUCUGUGCCUUAUGCAAACUGGUGGGGCGUCACCGAGACCAUCAGGUUGCGUCCCUGAAUGAUCGGUUUGAAAAACUCAAGCAAACUCUGGAGAUGAACCUUACCAACCUGGUUAAGCGCAACAGUGAAUUAGAAAAUCAAAUGGCCAAACUAAUUCAAAUCUGCCAGCAAGUUGAGGUGAAUACUGCUAUGCAUGAGGCAAAACUUAUGGAAGAAUGUGACGAGUUGGUAGAGAUCAUCCAGCAGAGGAAACAAAUGAUUGCUGUCAAAAUCAAAGAGACAAAGGUUAUGAAACUGAGAAAGUUGGCACAGCAGGUUGCUAACUGCCGCCAGUGUCUUGAACGUUCGACAGUUCUCAUCAACCAAGCUGAGCAUAUUCUAAAAGAAAAUGACCAGGCACGAUUCCUCCAGUCGGCAAAAAAUAUUGCUGAGAGGGUCGCUAUGGCAACUGCAUCCUCUCAAGUUCUGAUUCCAGACAUCAAUUUUAAUGAUGCCUUUGAAAAUUUUGCUUUGGAUUUUUCCAGAGAAAAGAAACUGCUGGAAGGGCUCGAUUAUUUGACAGCCCCAAACCCACCAUCUAUCCGAGAGGAACUCUGUACUGCCUCCCACGACACCAUUACCGUCCACUGGAUCUCAGAUGAUGAAUUCAGCAUCAGCUCCUAUGAGCUUCAGUACACCAUAUUCACUGGCCAGGCUAACUUCAUCAGCCUGUAUAAUUCAGUGGAUAGCUGGAUGAUUGUGCCAAACAUCAAACAGAACCAUUACACAGUGCAUGGACUCCAGAGUGGGACUCGCUACAUCUUCAUUGUCAAAGCCAUAAACCAAGCAGGCAGCCGGAACAGCGAACCUACCAGACUCAAGACAAACAGCCAACCUUUUAAACUGGAUCCCAAAAUGACACACAAGAAAUUGAAGAUCUCCAAUGAUGGACUACAAAUGGAGAAGGAUGAGAGCUCUCUGAAGAAGAGUCAUACCCCAGAGAGAUUUAGUGGUACAGGGUGCUACGGGGCAGCAGGAAACAUAUUCAUUGACAGUGGCUGCCACUACUGGGAAGUGGUCAUGGGUUCCUCAACAUGGUAUGCAAUUGGUAUUGCCUACAAAUCAGCUCCCAAGAAUGAGUGGAUUGGCAAGAAUGCCUCAUCAUGGGUCUUCUCUCGAUGCAACAGUAACUACAUAGUGAGACAUAACAACAAGGAGAUGCUGGUGGAUGUGCCCCCACAACUGAAGCGUCUGGGAGUUCUUCUGGAUUAUGACAACAACAUGCUGUCUUUCUAUGACCCAGCUAACUCUCUUCAUCUUCAUACUUUUGAUGUGACCUUCAUUCUUCCAGUUUGUCCAACAUUCACAAUCUGGAACAAAUCCCUAAUGAUCCUAUCUGGUUUGCCUGCCCCAGAUUUUAUUGAUUACCCUGAGCGGCAGGAAUGCAACUGCAGGCCUCAAGAAUCCCCUUAUGUUUCUGGGAUGAAAGCUUGCCAUUAAGUUACAAGAGAGCAUAUAAUUCACUGGCUCUCCCGUUCAGCAGUUUUUCCACUUCUAAAACCUCAGUUAGUGCUCAGUAUACAAGAUACAAAAUAAAGUUUAUUUCAAUCAUUUAAAAUAACUAGAUAUUCUAGAUUUGAUUUGUGUGCAUUUAAGCUUGUAUUCAAAUCAAUGUAUUGAGUUUCUCAGAACAAAUGAUCUGAGUAGCCUGGGUUCAAGCCAUUGAAGAAAAAUAUUGUAGAGAAUUCCUCUUGUCAUUGGAGAUGUGACAGUUCCCAAUGAUGUGGGACUAUCACUGAUACUGAAGGAAGUUAGGCUCAUUCUAGGUAAAUAAUGUAGAACGAUGCUCCAAACAGGGAAUAGCCACAUGGAACAUAAGGGUGGGUGGGGCAUCAGCCUUUCUAGUACUGGCUAAUUUAGCCAAGUAGAACUUUGAAGUGUCAAAUGAUCAUGUACUAUAUAUAGCUUUUGAUAAAAUCUGCAAUCAAGGAUUUGUUAGAAAGAAAACAUGUAUAUAUAAUAUAUUAAAUGAAUAUAUAACACAUUGUAUAUUCAUUUUAAUUAUAUAUGCAUCAUAAACUUUUUCAUUUGUUCAAUGAGUGAGAAAUCUACUGAAAGGGAAAAUAAAUUAUGCUAUCCAUUUUUGUCCACUAAAAGGAACACUGACUCCAUCAACAUUUGCCCUUCCUCUUUCCCUCCCUCCCUCCUCUAAUACAAUCCCACAAGUUCAGGAAUGACAAGCACAGUGGGAAGGGCUCUGGGUUGGAUAAGAAGAGAUUGGGAAACAGAUUGCACAGGAGAUGGAGGCUAAUGGAGAUAGUUCUGAAUUGUUGAAAAUUGUGUCACAGAAUAUUCAAAGAAACACAAUUUUAUUACUUGGAUGGACAUGCAGUUACUAGAAUUAGGCUUUUAAAAAAGUGAUUAUUGAGGGCAGAGAACUACUCUAGUGGUUAUGGUGCGUAUGUUGCAUGCAGCAGACCUGAUUUGAUCUCUAGCAUCAAAUGGUCCCCUUUGCACUUGCAGGGGUCACUCCCAAAACCAGAGCUGGAAGUAGUCCCCAAGCAUACCGGAUGUGGCCCCAAAACCCCUG